AUGGGCGUCUACUACGAGACCAUCCCCACGAGCCUCAUCCCAUGGAUCCAAAAGCAACAAAUGCUGCUCGUGGGCACCGCGCCCCUCUCCUCCUCCGGCCACGUCAACAUCUCCCCCAAAGGCGGCACCGACUUCUUCGGCGUCGUCUCCCCCACGCAAUUCUGGUUCCUCGACCUCACCGGCUCCGGCGUAGAGACGCACGCGCACCUGCACGAGCCGGGCAACGGCCGCAUCUGCAUCAUGUUCAUGGCAUUCGAGGGCCCGCCGCAAAUCGUGCGCAUCUGGGGCCACGGCCGGGCCCUGGAAAACGGCACGCCAGCGUACAAAUCUUUCGUUGCCCAGCACAAAGUUAAAACCAUACCGGGAUCUCGCAGCAUCGUUCUCGUCCAUGUGCAUCAGUGCGCCACGUCUUGCGGGUUUAGCGUCCCGUGCUAUGAUUUCGUUGCGCACAGGCCGAUUCUUAAUGACUUCUUUGAGAAGAAGGAGGUCAAGUUUCGAGGUGGCGAUCAGAAGGAGAGCAUGGAUCGCUAUUGGGCGUGGAAGAGCGCGCGCAGUAUCGAUGGUAUGCCGGGUAUGAAGCGCGGCGUCGAGUUUGCGGAGAAGAAUGGUGUUGCGCCGCUGAAGAAGUGGAAGGGUGAUUAUGCGCCUGGUGGGCCCAAGGCGUGGGGGCGGGCUGGGUCGAAGGGGGUGGAUGCGCAAGUGGUGGUGGUGGUGGUGUUGGUGCUGUUGCUGGGGAUCUUUAUUGGGGGCGUGUUGGCGGUGGGCGUCGUUGCCCCGGAUAAGCUGGGAGAGUUCAGGAGGGUGGUGCGGGUGUGGUAG